CUAGGGUGACAGUAUGUAAAAAAAAAAAAAAAAAAAAAAACCACAAAUAAUAAUAUAAAAAAAUAAAAUUUUGGCCAAGAUUUAUGAUGAAAUAUUAUUUAUUUGCUAAAUUGUAUAAGAAAAACACAUUUUUUCAAAAUUUUUGGACUUUUUUAUUUACCUAGCAAAAAAAUAAAAAUCCCAAUGGUGAAUAAAUACCACCAAAAUAAAGUUUUAUCUGUCUCACAAAAUGCUAAAAAAUUCAUAUGGGUACAGUGUUGCAUGACCGCGCAAUUGUCAUUCAAAAGUGUGAUAGCACUGAAAGCUGAAAAUUGGCCUGGACAGGGAGGGGGUAAAAGUGUCCGGACUUGAAGUG